AUAUAGUUUUCCUGGAAAUGCAUCAGCGAAAUUGGUACAGACAUAACUCCAACCAUUGAUCUUCAGCACGAGUUGAUAGCGAUAGGAUAUCUUCAAUAUAUCAAAACUGAAUUGUCAAAUAAACACCUUAAUUUUUUAUCACACUUCACAAAAAGUGCUAUGUUGUCGUCGUCUUGUGCUGAUGGGCAGGCGGUCGUACACGUGAGCGGGCACCACAUGAAUCAUAAUCUUGUUAUCAAAUUUCCAGGGUAACUAACUUGAAAUUUUUACAGAUGCAAAAGCAGACUAGUGCCAAGAUCUGAUUAGGGUUAGGGCAUUUAACUUACAUUGUGACCAUUUUGGUCUUCAAAAUGCAAUAUUUAUCACUGUGUGUCUUUUUUACAUCAACAAUGAUCCCCAAUUACUAAAAACUAGUACCACAAAUAUUAAAGCCUUACCAUCAGUUUCAUAUGUACCCAUUUUACUUUUUUAUUUAUUUAUCAUACAAUCUUUAUAAUUUCAGGUGGUAAGCUUAUUAUUAUGCCAACAAUGUCUUCAGAUGGAGAUGAUAGCUUGUACAGAGAAGACGCUAGUGAGAACCGACCAGGUUCCUCCUUUACAAACAAAGAAAACUUCAACUCUAACUUCAGGAAGAGGCUAAAUGACUUAUGGCACAAUGAUCUGUUCUGUGACAUCACACUGGAGGUAGAAGGAAAACAGUUCAACUGUCAUAAAGUCAUCCUAUCCGCCAACUCCCAGUACUUUCAAUCAAUGUUCUCAAAUGGAAUGAGUGAGACUUCACAAAAAACAAUUGUAAUGAAAGAUGUAUCAAGCAAAGUGAUGGAGAACAUUUUGAAUCAUUUGUACUGUGAUUACUCAACUAUCAACCCUACGUAUGAAAUCAAUGAGGCCCUUGAUAUGUUUAAAGCCAUAGAUAUGCUACAGAUUGACAAUGGUAUGAAGGACAAUUUAGGGAAAUUUCUCUCAGAGCACAUCAAUGAUACCAAUUGCCUGGACAUAUUAAAUCUCACCCAGUAUAUCAAAGACGAAUCACUGAUGCGUCUGGCAUAUGAACAUGCAACCAAAAACUUUGAGAAUGUUUGGGAAUCGUCUGGUUUAUUGGAACUUGAUAUGAACAGUUUUGUCAGAUACUUAAAAGAUGAUGUUCUCAAUGUGACAAAAGAAGAAAAUGUGUUUCAUUCAAUAGCACGUUGGAUUCUUCAUCAUCCAAGUGAAAGAAAGAGACAUGCUGCAGAAUUAUUUGAAUGUGUGAGAUUCUGCUUCAUUGAUCCCAAAGUUCUUUGUGAUGAGAUAAACAAACAUGAGUUCACAGAUGAGUUCCCCUGCCUGAAGGAUCAUGUUGUUGCUGCACUCCGUCAUCAGAUAACACCUUGCUAUCAACAUGAGGAGCAUUACUACAAAUGUAGCCCUAGGAACUGCAAUAUUUAUCCGUGCAUUUUGAAUCCAGUCAACAAUCAAAAUAUAUCUGAAAAUGAAGUUUCUGAUACUCAUGCUGAACCACUCAACAUUAGAACAGUUGUCCUUCCUCACCAGAGUGCUGCAAGGAAGCAAGCUUGUUUGAUUGGUAAUACUAUGUAUGCAUUUGAUGGAAUGAAAUUAUACAACUGUAAAUUGGGAGAAAUGAAAAGAAAUAUUUGGAUUGAGUGUGAAAGUCGACCAAAUCGACACGGCAAUUAUACAGAAUUGAAAGAAUAUACACUCACUUUGUGUGGUGACUUCUUGUAUCUGAUAGGUGGUAGUGAUUCUUCUGGUGUGAGAAGUGUCAUUGAUUUCUACAACCAUGAAGCAGACACAUGGCAAGCUCCACCAGAUGUUGCACAGGCCUUGAUUCAUCCCGUACAUUAUCAUCGUUCCCUUGCAUUAGAAAGCAACAUUUACAUAAUUGGGGGAUUGCAGCCUGGCCCUAGAAUUGGGAGUAAAUUCUUGCAAAUUUACGAUACCAUCCAGGGUAAGAUCACCCUUGGACCUGAUGCACCACAUUCUUUGGCAGCCCAUUCUGCCGUUUGCUUUGAGAAGGAAAUCUUUGUAUUUUCCCCAAAGGAGAUGAUCUUGAACUACAAUCCUGCAUUUAAGCAAUGGACCUUGAUUUCAACCUUAGGUUCUACAUUCUACAAACCUUGGCCAUUUGUGAAGGGCUCUAAGAUCAUGCUUUUGGGUGGCAGGAACAUGAAUGGCAACACACCAACUCUUGAAUGCACUCGAACUGUCUCUGAGUAUGAUACUGUGUCUAGAACCUUUAAAGAGUACACUCUUUUGACAUCGGCAGUUUGCAUUAGCAGUGGUGUUGUGGUUGUCAAAAAUAAGCAUCUGAAAUGGCUCUGACCUUUGAAAAAAUCAAAGACUUAGUUUUGAUAAAGGUUUUCUCAACAUUUUGUUUUGAAAACAUAAAAUAUGAAUGCAUGAUUGGCAAACAUUAAGCUGUUUCAUAUUACUGUAGAUACACUCAUUUUGACGCUAUUUAAUUUGACGAAUUUGCUCAAUUUCAAAUAUUGGUCUUGGUGGCUAUUUAAUUUGGUGGAUUCAGGACUGAAGUUUAAUUUUUGUCUAUGUUUAUGUCAUUAGGACAUGUAUUUACUAAGAUAUUUUCUGUAUUUCUUUUGGAAUAAUGUUGAAAUGAUGAUAUGUUCACAGGAAAAGUGUCCCAGCAGUUUCAUUUGGGAAGUGCAUUGGACAAAAAUUCCAAACUGAAAUUUGAUGGAUUUUUAAUUUUGCAGAUUUUCUGAAUCCGUCAAAUUAAAACGGGAGCCAAAUUUAGUGUAUCUACAGUCUGACAGUAGGCCUUUCACUAUUAGGCUAGAAUAUUUUGGGGAUUUAAAAUUCAGAAUGUAAACUGAAAAUGCAAAAAUGAAAAAUAGGAAAUUAAGAAAAUAGAGAGUAGACACAAAAAUUGCAUGUACUUUGGACCAUUUUUCAAAACGAGUGAGGUCAGUGGAGUGAAAACAGCAGAGAAAACAGGUAAUGACUUACUGUACUUGUCUUUAAUUUGGCGCUACUUAAUUUGUCAAUUUUCUGUUUUUGGGCCUAUUGGCGUCUAUCUAAUUUAGCAAUUUUUCAAGUGUCCCAGACA